AUGUGCGGAGCUGUGCGCCGCGUUGUGGCGUCGUAUGUGCGGCGCUGCGGUGGUGGUGUGCGCCUGCCUGCCGCUGCGGGGGCUCUGCUGCUGACGUGCCGCCGCGUGCACGAGCGGCCGUUUCUGGAGCUCCCGCCGGACGUGACGCAGUCGGAGGCGUACGAAGUGGCACGCGACGCGCUGCUGCAGCUCAACGUGAUGGUGCGCCGCGGCAUUGAGCCGGAUGCACUCAUGUACACGUCUCUCAUCGCGACCAUGGGCCGGGCGAAACUCGAGUGGCAGGNCGUCCGCCCGCUGCCCGAGACGUACGUCGCGCUGCACGACGCCACUUCCCCGACGCGACGACGUCUGCGAGAUGAUCUGCAGAUGAAAAUUGAGGAGUCGCUCGAAUCAUUUCCGGACGAACUCGCCGAGGCAGAGUUGGCGCGGCAGCACCAGCAGGACAUCCUGUGCGUACAGAGGUUUGAGGAGUAUAUGAAGGGCGUGCUGCCGCCCCCAGAGCAGGUUGAAGUGGCAGUAAGCCGCAGCAGCGGCAGCAUCGACGCACAGCAAAAGGGCAGAAGCACCGCCACUGCCGGCGCAGCAGAGGAGCCCAUUGCGACGAUGCACAUCCGCAACCCGACCGAUGUGUGGAGCACCGCGCGCAUGAUGGAGCAGCAGCAGGGACGGGGUGCGUGGCGUGCGAGUGGUGAGUCUGCCGAGUCUCUGGCCGACCAGCUGCAUCGACUCCACGAGGAAGAGCUGCGUAUUUACCUUGCCGCGCAGCGGCAGCUGCGUCAUGGCAGCAAAGACGAGUUGGUGCGGCGCGUGCUCGACACCGUCACCGAACAAAGUAUUCGCGAGAUGUUGGCGCGGCGUAAGCACUACUUCGGCUCCGUCGCCCAGAUCUUAGAAAACGACCUCAACGCACUUCGUCAAGCGGGCGAAAGUGGCGUAAGCAACAGCAGCAACGGUCACAAGAGAAGUGGCGCCGAGACGCAUCCUCGUGCGCCCGCGGCGGACCGCACGCUAACGACGGCAGAGAAGGAAACCGUCGCAGCGGAGGUGCUGCACACGCCGUGGGGCAUUUUGCGGAAGCCGAUGAAGCGGCAGCCGGACGCUGCGGCUCCGCGUGACGCAGAGCGACUCGAGCGCGUCAACCUCACCAUGGACGAGCUGCAGUUGGUGCGUAGCAAAGGCGAGACGGGUGACCUCGAUGAGUUGCCGGAGAGUCUCCUGCGCCGCUACGCAUCCGAGUUCAACUUGUCUUGGCGGCGCAAGCACCCGCUCUCGCUGCUGGAGGCGGUGCAGUGGCACUGCACUACCUUCCUACCGGAGCGGCUCGAUGGGAAGGUAGUGGUGCGGCCCACCGCGGCGCUGCGGCGGCAGCAGGAAGACGAGGGCGUGCAGAAGACACUGGAGAACUACGAGGCGUUCCGCAUUAUCUCACAGCGCACGAAUAAUCUACAGGUGGUGGAUAAGAGGGAGAUUAACCUGCACCUCAAGCGAGUGCAGCGGGAUGCACGGCAGAAGGAGUGCCGCGCGGAAGAGACACUGCGACGGGAGCGGCAUCUGCUGGACGCGGCCACGCUAGCGGCGUCUGCGAAGUCGUAUAGGCCACCGGAUGAACCGUUGCCAGCGGCGUCGCACGUGCUCGGUGUGAAUGGGGAUAACAGCAGCAGCAGCAGCAAUAACAACGGCGAGCAGAUUCCCCCAUUAGGAGACACGGAUGAUGCCAGCGCGACGUUGCAGCAGAAGCAGGAGGAGGAGAGUGGUGAACUUCCGCCGUGGGCGGUUUUCGCCGGUGAGGAGGAGUUUGACAUUUCCACUGGCCGCUUUGGCGACCCGGACAUGGGUCGCUACCAAGAGCUCAGCGACGGGCGAUUCAAGGUGCUGCCGUCGCGCGAGGCGCAGCGCAAGUGGGACGUGGACCGCCAGCUCCUCCCCGGCCCCCUCCAGGACGAGCUGAACCGCGCGGAGCUGCAGCAGCAGCUGCAGAAGGAGCGCGUGGAGACGGAGUACGGGCGUAGGCUCCAGUACAAGCGUUACCGCAAGUGGGACGCAUUCCUGCGCAAGGCACAGGAGAAGCGGCAGAAGGAGAAGGUAGCUGCGGCAGAGGACGACAACGACGCCGUGCAACCGCUACCACCUAAAAGGCGUCUUGCGUAUCUGCUGCGUAAAGGGCACGACAAGGCGCCGGUUGAAGAGGCCGUGAAGGCCAAGUACACCAAGAGCCUGUAG